AUGGUCUCCAAUGUUUUGGAGAUUGAUCAACAUGUGGAGGAUCUCGACGAGUCAAUGAUUGCUUUGGAGAUCAAAGGAGCAAAAGCCACCAAGCUCUUUGAAGGAUCUGACGAUGAGGAUGACGAACAGGAUGAGCCAGAUCAACAAUGGGAUGACAGCGAGUCUGAGGAUGAGUCAGAUGCUCCGAGUCCCAAGAGGUUGAACUCCAAGAAGACGAACAACACCAAACAAAAGACUACUACUGCUCCCAAGAUCCUCAAGAAGGUGACCGACAAGAUUAUCACAGAGGACAUCUACAAGAAGACUUAUGCCAACAAGAGAACGACAUCUACUCAGUGA